UCACCAUGGCGCCACUGCAAGCGUUGACCAUUGCUAUCUAUAGAGUGAAUGAUUGAAUCGAAUCUACCCUGUCAGUGGAGUGCAAAAAACAGUAAAGAGAUUCUAAUUUCGCAGUCUCACAUCCCGGUCUCCCGUACCGUACAAUCAAGCAGACAGCACACACCAUGAGUUCAAUUCUGACGAUCCUUACGUUGCUGGCUGGAGCCGCAAAUUUGAGUACAGCCUUUGUUACAAAUCCAUCCGUCCCCAAGAGCAUUCCAUCGACAACAGCCUGUCAUGCUCAGUUCGACUCAUCUUCUCUGUGGAAUCGCGGACUGAACUUUGGCAAGAGCCCCUUUAAUUUCUACCUUAGCUUUGAAAGAUGGAUGUCUCCCUUUCCAGAGGAAGACCAAGCGGCUUUUCCAGAGAUUUUCUCCCUACCCAAGGGUGUCUAUGAAGUGGAUUUGGACAGGCCUCUCGGUAUUGUUUUUGAGGAAAUUGAAGUGGGCAAAGGAUUGUAUGUUCAAGAAUUGGUCGAGGGAGGCAAUGCCGAACGCAAUGGCAACGUCAAAGUUGGGGAUAAUCUCGUUGGCAUUACAGCCGUUAAGAUUGUUGGAGCAAAAUAUGAACGACGCAUGAUCCCAUGCCGUGGCUUUGACUUUGAUACAAUGGUCGGGGCCGUUUCCUCCAAUGAUCCGAAAUGGGGCUGUGAUGGUGUUGUGAUCCUGCUGGAGCGGCCUGACGAAGCCGACAGGGCCAAGGUUGAUGACUUCUUGGCCUUUUUCGAGCCUCCCUUUGACACUGCCUGGAAACAACAACAAUAAGCAUCAGUUGGAACUCUUGAAAGCCGAAUGGAACAGGUUUUGUACCGUGCAGUGAAAGCAAUAGACGGCUCCUCCACACGAAAAACCUACUGCAUGAUGCAUAGCGUUCACUUCCACUGCCAUGAUAGCUAGCUAGCCCAUCUUUACACAACUGUAGACUAUUCUGGUAGAUGCAGAAUUCUGGCUGCGAGUAAAACGAAAGACGUUUCCAACGAUCGCAGUGCAAGCUGCGAGACGAGGGGUCCAUCCCUGCAUGUUUGGCACU